AUGGCCGAGCAACUGUCCUUCGAGCCGUAUCAACUCUCGCCUCUAGACCAUCUGAUGCCCCUUGCAUAUCUGCCAUUUUUGAAUGUUUCCCGCACAGAAACUCCUUCCAAAGGCCUCGCACUCCUCGAGGCAGCUAUCUUCCGACAUCACACCCGCAGAAUCUUCACCUCCUCGAAUGCACAAGAACUUAUCUCGUAUGAUGACCUCUGUGAUGAGAAAUAUGUCACGGUCCCAUUCAAUGUUCCCUUGUCGGGUUCAAAUCCGGUUACCCGGUUUCAGGUGAAUAUCGUGGAAGGCAGGUUGAUCUUCAACAUAUCCUGGUCACCAUCUGAAACAACAUCCAGGAGAUCAGCUCAGCCAUCGCCAGAAACAUCUUCAAUUGGGAUGUGUGUGGAUGGCCGCUCGAUUCUCCAACCUCGUCUCCCAAUGACCUACAUGGGUAAUGCGAUUCUGGGGACCAAAUCGACUUAUUCACCGCCAGCGGUUACUGGUCUGGCAAUAGAUCCGCGGGACCAGCUAUGGCUUCCGACUCUUGUCGACCUUGCAAAGCAUGUCAAAAAGGUAGAGAGGGCUACCGAUGAUACUUGCAUUCGUGGCAUCCUAUCAUACGUGAAUGGUUGCAGUGACUGGGGAUCUCCUUCCAAUCUGUCAGUGGACUUUUUGAUCAGCAACAUACCCCAGUUCCCUCUGAAUUCCCUAUAUUUCGGCUCUGCAUUGGGUGAAAGUUUGGAUCUAAAAUUGCCAGAUCCUAGGCGAGAAGGAAUGUGCUGGAUACUUCUGGCCGGGGAUCCACCUAGUCACACUCUGGGGGAUUCGGAUAACUCUUGA